GCUGGAGGGAGGGGACGAGGGAAUAUGGCGGCUGUACUGUGACGGACACAUUGGGCCAGGCACGGCGGGCAAAGAGGGCGGGGACACCGGGAGUGAGCGGAGAGCAGCGGCCGGGACACUGUGGACAGGCCCGGGCUCAUCCUCUCUUCUUCCCGCCAUCACAGCAGAGAGUGCCAACCCUCCCGGGGCUCAGGGCCACUUUACCGCUACCGGGAACGCGAAGGGUUAAUCGCCGCCAAGAGCGGGAAGCCGGCCUGAGGUGAAGAGCGCUCGGUGGCGACGACGACGACACCACACACCGGCAACCCGGGGCCUGCAGGAAGAAAGAUAGGAGACAGACGUGGUUAUCGUGUCAGGAAAGCCCGUGGAUCGGGCCUGAGAUCCGGUCUGAGGAAAGCGGUGGAGAAAGAAGCCGCUACGGGUGUCAGGAAAGUCCGGGGAUUGGGCCUGGCGGGCCGCGUUGGGAGUGUGAGGAGAAGCCAAAGACCCGGGGCAGUACGAUACUCGGGCCGGACUGCGGCCUUCAGGAGAGCCCGGAGAUUGAGGCCUAUUUUUCGGUCUACCGGUUCGAGGAAAGCCCGAGCAGCGGGCCCUGCUGACCGGGGGACGGGAGUCACGACAGCCCGGGGAUCGGGCCUCCCGGAGCCAGAAGCCGCCAGGAUGACGGACACCCGGCGGCGGGUAAAGGUCUACACACUGAACGAAGACCGACAGUGGGACGACCGGGGCACCGGCCAUGUGUCCUCCGGCUACGUGGACCGGCUGAAGGGCAUGUCCCUGCUGGUGCGGGCGGAGAGCGACGGCUCAUUACUUUUGGAAUCAAAAAUUAACCCAAACACUGCUUACCAGAAACAGCAGGACACGUUGAUUGUUUGGUCAGAGGCUGAAAACUACGACUUGGCUUUGAGUUUUCAGGAAAAAGCUGGAUGUGAUGAGAUUUGGGAGAAAAUAUGUCAGGUACAAGGGAAAGACCCUUCCGUUGACAUCACUCAGGAUCUGGUGGAUGAAUCGGAAGAAGAGCGUUUCGAAGAUAUGUCCUCUCCAGGCUUGGAAUUACCAUCCUGUGAACUUAGUCGGUUAGAAGAGAUUGCUGAAGUUGUGGCGUCUUCGUUGCCCUCUCCGCUUCGUCGUGAAAAAUUGUCUCUGUCUUUAGAGAAUGAGGGGUACAUUAAAAAGCUCCUUGAACUUUUCCAUGUGUGUGAAGACCUGGAGAACAUAGAAGGAUUACACCACUUGUAUGAAAUAAUCAAGGGCAUCUUCCUUUUAAACCGAACUGCACUCUUCGAAGUCAUGUUUUCUGAAGAUUGCAUCAUGGACAUCAUUGGCUGCCUGGAGUACGACCCCUCUUUAUCUGUACAGCGCAAACACAGGGAGUUUCUUACAAAAACUGCUAAGUUUAAAGAGGUGAUCCCCAUAUCGGACCCUGAACUGAAACAGAAAAUCCACCAGACGUACAGAGUGCAGUACAUACAAGAUGUGGUAUUGCCCACCCCCUCUGUCUUUGAAGAAAACAUGUUGUCUACCCUCCACUCCUUCAUAUUUUUUAAUAAAGUGGAGAUAGUUGGGAUGUUACAGGAGGAUGAGAAAUUUCUAACAGAAUUGUUUGCGCACCUCACAGAUGAAGCGACAGAUGAUGAGAAGCGCCAGGAGCUGGUGAACUUCCUGAAAGAGUUUUGUGCUUUCUCCCAAACAUUACAACCUCAGAACAGAGAUGCUUUCUUCAAGACCUUAUCUAACAUGGGCAUCUUGCCUGCCCUGGAAGUAAUUCUGGGUAUGGAUGAUACACAAGUCCGCAGUGCGGCCACCGAUAUCUUCUCCUAUCUUGUGGAGUACAAUCCAUCCAUGGUGCGGGAGUUUGUUAUGCAGGAGUCGCAGCAGAACGAUGAUGACAUCUUGCUGAUUAACCUAAUCAUUGAACACAUGAUUUGUGACACUGAUCCUGAGUUGGGAGGAGCCGUGCAGCUGACAGGACUUCUGAGAACUUUGGUAGAUCCAGAUAACAUGCUGGCAACGACAAGUAAAACAGAGAAGACUGAAUUCUUAGGCUUCUUCUACAAGCAUUGCAUGCACGUCCUCACUGCUCCAUUACUGGCUAACACUACAGAGGAGAAACCCAGUAAAGAUGACUUUCAGACAGCUCAAUUGUUGGCACUGAUCUUGGAACUGUUGACGUUUUGUGUUGAACAUCACACGUAUCACAUAAAGAACUACAUCAUCAACAAGGACAUCCUGCGUAGAGUUCUGGUACUUAUGUCCUCGAUGCACUCUUUUCUGGCCCUGUGUGCCCUGCGGUUCAUGCGGAAAAUAGUCGGUCUGAAGGAUGAAUUCUACAACAGAUAUAUAGUGAAAAGCUUCCUUUUUGAGCCUGUGGUUAAAGCAUUUCUCAAUAAUGGUUCUCGGUAUAACCUUCUAAACUCUGCCAUCAUCGAGAUUUUCGAAUAUGUCCGAGUGGAGGAUAUCAAAUCAUUAACAGCCCAUAUCAUUGAGAAUUACUGGAAAGCUUUAGAGGAUGUGGAUUAUGUACAGACCUUCAAAGGACUUAAAUUGCGAUAUGAUCAGCAGCGUGAAAGACAGGACAAUCCCAAGCUUGACAGCAUGCGGUCCAUCCUCAGAAAUCACAGGUACCGGAGAGAUGCUCGCUCUAUAGAGGAUGAGGAGGAGAUGUGGUUUAACAACGAUGAGGAUGACCUGGAGGAUGGGGAUCCAAUGGUGCUACCUUCUGAGAAAAUAAAAAAUAGUGAUGAUCUGAUGGAUCCCAUCAGCAAGUUCAUGGAGAGAAAAAAAUUGAAGGAAAGUGAAGAGAAAGAGGUUCUUCUGAAGACCAAUCUGACUGGCCGACAGAGUUCAAGUUUUAAGCUUUCCUUUUCUGGAGGGACGAAGACAAACCUCACCAGCCAGUCCACAGCAAGCAGCUUACCGGGUUCACCCGGCUCUCCUGGCUCUCCCGGUUCCCCUGGUUCUCCUGGUUCCCCUGGAUCAGUUUCCAAAAGCACACCCCAGACGGCAGCUAUUACAACAAAGGGAGGCCUUGUGGGACUAGUAGACUAUCCAGAUGACGAUGAGGAAGAAGAUGACGAAGAGGAGGAGGAGAAGGAAGAGACUGUACAACUCAGUAAGAAAGCAAGGCUUGGCUCUUAAUACCAGCAAUUUGUUUGGACAAAUCCCAUCAAACAACUGAUCUCCCACAACAACCGAAAAUCCACCGCAGCCGGGCACACCUCGCUGUGAGCGAGUCUGACACAAACCAACAUGUAGAUAUCUGCUCAUAAGUGCCAAUUCCCAGGAGCACGAGGGAGGGAAGACAUGACAUUUGGAAAGGACUUAGACGCCUUGUACUCUCCCGCAGACCACACAUUGCCCUUUUCUCAGGGAAGGAAAUAAAGUCAAACAAAAAUAAAUAAAAAUAAAAGCCAACAGGGCAGGAGUUUCUUGUUGAACUCUCGAUUGGCUGGUCAGAUGCUCCGAAGCUUAACGCAAGAGGAGGAGAGAGGCUCUGAGAUGGCGCCGUUUAGAAGAGGAAAGUCUACAGCUAUAUAUACAAUGGAUGCCAGCACUUCUGAUUGGGUGGAUUGUUUCCGCCUAUAUAGGAUUCACACAUCCUGAACGUUUUUGUUUUUUUUCCUUUUCUUUUUUUUGUCAUUGCAUUUGCCACAACUGGUUUUAAAAGAAACCCUUGGGUGGGGUGAGCCGAUUAUAUCAUUCAUUUUCUUCAAUAUUUUUUUUUUUACAGUUCUAUAUCCCCCAUAUGCCCUUAAACUGCAGCUUUCUUUUGAAGGUGUAGGGGAAAAUCUCAACCCCCAUGUUGAUUAAAAAAAAAAUAAUUGAGUGGAAUUCUAGAUGUGGUCAACUCGUGUCAUGAUUUGUAUCAUUUUAUAUUCCUUUUUCCCCACCCUGGGUGUAUGCUGAG